AUUAGGCCUUUGAGUUACAGAGCAGCAGAUGUGUUCUUGCUUGCAUUUUCCCUUCUCAGCAGAGCCAGCUAUGAAAAUAUCUCUAAGAAGGCUAAUUUUUUUGCGAUUCCUGAACUAAUACAUUAUGCUCCAACUGUGCCAAUUGUUCUUGUAGGAACAAAACUUGAUUUAAUAGAAGACAGGAACUAUUUGAUUGAUCAUCCUGAAAUUACACCUAUAACUACUUCCCAAGGAGAAGAGCUGAAGAAGGCAAUUGGUGUUGCUGUAUACAUAGAAUGCAGCUCAAAGACUCAACAGAAUGUGAAGGUCGUAUUUGAUGCUGCAAUCAAGGUUGUUUUGCAGCCGCCAAACCAAAGAAAAAAAGGAAGACAAGCAACAAAAAAUUGUAAUAUUAUUGGAUACAAGUAUGUUAAAAUAAUUCAACUAAAAGCUAAUUUAUUUAUUGGAUAUAAGUAUGUUAAAACGUAA